AAACGAUCGUCCAACGAUGAAAUGUAAUUUCGAAGAUGCGGGAGGGUGACUGCGUGUUUCCUGGGACGAGAAGAUCGAUAGAGAAUACAUGCGCGCCUGUCGGCACGUCGCGACGCGCACGCCGAGUUUUCUACUCCUCUACGCCUAUACGCAAUCCGCGCGCGCGUUGCAUACGUCCGCUCUUGGAUUUGUGCUUUGCUUUUUUUCCCCGAGUUACGAAAGCGGAAAUCGACGAAAUCGUGGUGUCAUCGCUCGCGGACUCAUCGCGAUCCACCGAGCACCGUCGAAUCGAACCGAACCGAACUUGGUGAGCGGUCGCGGUGAGCUUCUUCCUCGCGAGCUCGAGAGAGAGAUCUCUCUCGGUCUCUCGGUCACCGUUCAUCUCGCUCCGUGACAGCAACGGAAUUAACGUGCAUCUACGCGCACCCCGCUGACCUAAAAACUUGAACGGGGAACGUCGCAUCGUUAUUUCUCCCCUCGUAGUUAACGGGUUAACAAGCUAACAGGUCUGUGAUUACAAUGCAAGCGGAGAAGGGCGAUACCGACGCUGAAAAAAAUGAGAUUCCCAACGACGUCACGGCUUCGGUUACGAACGAGGUAACAAAUUUGAAGAUGGAAGAUGAUACAACGAGUUCGACACCGAGUAGUCCUGGUAGUACUGAACCCGGCAGUUUUUUAGCGAGUUUUAAAGCAUUCUCCAAAUUCGGCGAUCCAAAGAGCGAUGGCAAACUGAUUACGUUAAGUCAAAGUGACAAAUGGAUGAAGCAAGCCAAGGUAAUAGAUGGAAAGAAAAUUACUACCACAGACACGGGAAUUUACUUUAAGAAGCACAAGUCUACAAAGCUUGGUAUUGAACAGUACAAAAUAUUUCUCGAAGAAUUGACCAAAAGUAAAAAAGUGGAAUUAGCGGAAAUAAAAAAGAAAAUGUCCAAUUGUGGGCCACCUGGGGUUACCGCUGGCGUUAGCGGAGCUGGAAAAGCAGCGUCGACGGUUGACAGACUUACCGAUGUCAGUAAAUAUACCGGCUCUCACAAACAGCGUUUCGAUGAGACAGGAAAAGGUAAAGGCAUAGCAGGUCGCAAAGAUAUACCAGACACAUCCGGAUACGUUCAAGGCUAUCAAAAUAAAGAUACGUAUAAGGCACAGUAGUACUCAUAUGGAUGCUCCAAUAAUAAAGAUCUGUAAGAUCGUGUCUAAUUAUAAUGCGCAAUAUGCACAUUCAAAUUGCCGCUACUCAGGCCGUUUUCUUUACUGUGUCGUCAGCGAUCUAACGGAUUUCAAUUUUGAAUGUCGAUUUGACGAAAAUUUAUCAUCUUGGAUCUUAUGUAUUAAGAUGGCAAUAUCAUAAUUAAGGACUUUGGAAUGUUAAUGAUAUAACAUUUGCGACAAUCCUUAAGAAACUUUUAGUUUUAUAAAAGUAUCGUUGCACUUUCCAUACAAGCUUUCUGAAAAAAUUUCUUGAAAAAAGUAAGAAAAAUUUUCCCCGAAAACUCGUUUAUUUUUUGAAUAAUAUUUAUGUGUAAUACGUAAUAUUUUCACUAUUUUUUUGUACAAUCUUGUUGAUUCUUCUUAGGUGAUACGAAUAUUACUCUUUCCAAUAUCUUUAUUUUAUUAAUGAAAUCUUUUUUCACGGUAAUAGCAGUUGUAUGAUAUAACCAAGUAUAUAUAGUACACUAUAUACUUAAAGUAUACGUAGAUAUUAUAUAGUAUUGCGUUACAUAAUACUUGUUGCAUAAUUUAUUAAAAAUAAAUCUUCUGAAAUUUGUAUCAUUAAAAGAAAAAUGAUUACGAUAAAUUUCAUUACAACCACUACAGUUGUAUAGCAUGAAUAAAACAAAAUUUAUCUUAUGAAUUC